AGAAAGGGGAGUCUCUUUUAAGCUGUCGUGUUGCCAAAUUGAUUCUUAUUGGAAAUGAUGAUGGGACUAAGAACAUUGAGAGGAUCACUUGAAGAACUAGAAUUACUAGGGUUUCGAUUUAGACUUGCAGUUUUUGCUUCUGGUUUUGAAGGCGGGAAACUCUCUCAUGUUGCUUUGACUUGAAACCAUUGAUAAAGUUUGUUCCAAAAGCUUAUUGAGCUACUCCUAUCAUCAGUAGAAGAAGCAUGAACUCUCCAUCUACACAGUUUGUCUCCCCAGGAAGGAUGGGUAUGUAUGAGCCUAUCCACCAGAUUGGCAUGUGGGGAGAAAAUUUUAAGAGUAAUGGAAUUUCAAAUGCAUCACCAUCAAUGUUUAUACCUGGCAAUCCAAAUUCAUCUCAGUCAAUACUAAUACCAGCAGAGACAAAGCUAGACAAUCAGUCAGAAGAUACUUCACAUGGUACACUUGGGCCUUCUUCUAGCAAAUAUGAUCAAGAAGCAAGUAAACCCAUUGACAAGUGUUUACAGGUACAAAGACGUCUUGCACAAAACCGUGAGGCUGCUCGUAAAAGCCGUCUAAGGAAAAAGGCGUAUGUUCAGCAGUUAGAAUCAAGUCGUUUAAAGCUGUUUCAGUUGGAGCAGGAGCUUGAAAGGGCUAGACAUCAGGGUCUAUAUGUAGGUGGGUUGGAAACUAGUCAGAUGGGGUUUGCGGGGCCAAUUAACCCAGGUAUUGCCAAUUUUGAGAUGGAGUAUGGUCACUGGUUGGAAGAACAAAAUAAAAACAUUCACGAUUUAAGGAAUGCUUUAAAUGCUCAUAUAAGUGAUAAUGAGCUUCGCAUACUCGUAGAUACUGGCAUAAACCACUAUUCUGAACUUUUUCGCAUGAAAGCAACUGCUGCAAAGGCUGAUGUUUUCUAUCUGAUGUCUGGAAUGUGGAAAUCAUCAGCUGAACGGUUUUUCUUAUGGAUAGGAGGAUUUCGCCCCUCAGAGCUUCUUAAGGUUCUCAAGCCUCAGCUUGAGCCCUUGACAGAUCAACAACUUUUGGACGUCUCUAACCUGAAGCAAUCAUGCCAGCAGGCAGAAGAUGCUCUUUCACAAGGUAUGGAAAAACUCCAGCAAACUCUUGCUGAGACAGUAGCAGCUGGUCGACUGGGAGAAGCAAGUCAUAUGCCACAGAUGGAUACUGCAAUGGAGAAGUUGGAAGGUUUGGUCCGCUUUGUGCAGCAGGCUGACCAUCUUCGCCAGAUAACUCUGCAGCAGAUGUCACACAUCUUAACAAAGCGUCAAGCGGCUCGAGGUCUGCUUGCCUUGGGGGAGUACUUCCAACGACUACGAGCUUUGAACACACUUUGGGUGACUCGUCCUCGUGAGCCUGCCUAGUAUUGCAACGCACGGAACCUAGCAAGUGAAGAUCUCACGAGAAAGAGACGGAAUCAUCAACGGAGCUAUACACUGGCAGGCAGCCAAAGGGGGGCAAGUGUCUUUUGUUAAUGAUGUUGUAAACCUAUAUAGACAUAAUUCAAGCUGCUGACAUUUUUCAAGCAGCCUUCCACAGUCGACAAAGUUGUAAAUGUAAGUAGCCAUUUAUCCAAAAGCAAAUUCUUAGAUCAAAUUAUCAUUGCUAGUUGUAUGCUGUACUGUUUCUAAAGGAUAUGUUUUUCGAUCCGAGUCUUCGGCUGGAGGUUUGUCAUGUAAAAAUUUUUGAAGAAUUUUUCCUGUAUUUUAAAUAUGCAUGUACAUAAAGGUGAUGAUUGUUGGAUA